CUGUGCGAUGCAGGAAACUGCCUCGUGAAGUUCUCCUGUUUUCUCUCCACGGGCAGAUGAAUGACAAGUGACUCGUCCAACGGAUUCAUGCACGCCGGCAUCAUAAGUUUUUGCUUUUUUAUGUUUCUACAUCAUGUGAAGAGAGCUGAGAGAACGCUGCAGCUUUGUGCAACAGGAGCGUGAGACAAAUAUCUCAUCUUUUUUUAUUCUUACUUAAAAUAUGCGGGAUUAGAGAAGACAAUGAGAGAGGGUUUGGCGACAAAACAUCAAUGACUGACUUUUAACUCCUGAGGGAUCCGGGUCCAGGGAUGGACAUGGAAAGCUACCCAGGGGAGAUCGCCCUGGGAACCAACAUCACAAACUGCACCGUCCCACCUGCCAGCAGCCUGCAAGUGGUCCGAUUGACAGACGGGAUGGCGGCGGUGGUGGUUGUUCUCAGCCUCCUCACCCUCCUUACGGCGCUCGUCAACGCCACUGUGAUAAUCGCCAUCUGCACCACCAAGAAGCUCCACCUGCCCGCCAACUACCUCAUCUGUUCUCUGGCCGUCACUGACCUCCUGGUGGCGCUCCUCGUGAUGCCCAUCAGCAUCAUCUACAUCACCAUGGAGACAUGGUCCCUGGGUCAGGUGGUGUGUGAGUUGUGGUUGAGCGUGGACAUGACCUGCUGCACCUGCUCCAUCCUGCACCUGUGCGUCAUUGCCCUGGACCGGUACUGGGCCAUCACCAAAGCCAUCGAGUAUGCUCGCAAGAGGUCGGGCCGCCGUGCCGCCAUCAUGGUGGGAAUAGUCUGGGUCAUCUCAGUCCUCAUAUCCAUGCCACCCUUAUUCUGGAGGCAAAGGCCGAGCAGCGGCCGCCUCCAAAGGUGUUUCAUCAGGCACGAUCACCUGGGAUAUACUUUAUACUCUACUUUGGGAGCAUUUUACAUUCCCAUGAUCAUCAUUCUUAUGUUAUACUACAGGAUUUACAGCGCCGCAAAAACUCUUUACCAGAAGCGUGGCUCUUCUCGACACCUCAGCAGCCGCAGCAUGGGCAGUCAGAACUCUGUAGACCAUUGCCGUGUCUCCCACACAUUUUGUGUGUCAGACUUGUCCAACUCAGAUCCUACACUGCCUACUGAUAAACUCAACACUAAUAUCCGCAUUCCUUCCUUUGAAACAGACGUGGACGGGCAGGAUGAGAAGAACCACAUAUGUACCUCACGUGAGAGGAAAGCAGCUCGAAUCCUCGGCCUCAUCCUCGGAGCCUUCAUUAUCUGCUGGCUGCCGUUCUUUUUAAAGGAGAUCCUUGUGGGUCUGCAAAUGGUACAGCCUUCUCCAGCUAUCUCAGACUUCUUAACUUGGCUGGGUUAUGUCAACUCUCUCAUCAACCCCUUGCUCUACACCAGCUUCAAUGACGAUUUCAAGCUAGCUUUUAGAAAACUACUCAAGAGAAAAGACCAUGCAUAGGUCUGAGGUUAAAAACACCUAAAGGAAUUUAUACUUGAACUUAGCUGCAAUCUGCCUUCUGGCAAUAUGGAGUGUAUUGUUGUGCAUU